AUGUACAACGCACAUCGUGGAAUGGUGCCGGCCUCCAACAGCCGCCUCACGGAGCUGUUGGACCAGCUGCGCCAGGAGUUCGAAAACCAAUCGAGAAGCACAGGAGAGUUCGAGCAUCAAUUGACCGGACAGCUUCAGGAGAUGGAGAUGAUCAGAUCCAAGGUCUAUCAGCUAGAACAGGCCCAACUCAAGAUGAAGGCAGACUACGAGGCCGAAAUUCGAGUUCUGCGACAUGAGCUGGAAUCGCGCGGUGUUCAGACAGUGCCCUCUCAUGUUGGAGGCCCUCCACCGCACGCGGGCCCUUCUCAGGCACCACCGCCCGCCUUGGGCCACGGUCCUAGUAAUCUGUUUGGCGGCAUCAUGGCCAACCAAGGAGGUAGUGGUCCCGGUCUUGCCCCUCCCCCUCCCCAGGAUCAGCAGCCGCCCCAGCAUACCCUUCAACAGCCUGCCCCCGGGGCCCAGCCAGGACCGCCCCAGCCACCGCAGAGCUCUUUUGGGGGAUACCAGCCCGGUGCUGCUGUGAACGGUUACGGUCCUCCUCCCCCACCAACCGCUUCCCCCGGUCCCGGAAAGCGAGGAGCACGCCCUCCAGGUCCCGCAACUCCCCAGCAGAGCCACCAGCUCGCUUAUUCCGAUCCUAGAGCUUCGCCUCAGAUCCCUCGUCCGACGCCUCCCAGUCAGGCUCUCGUGCGGGAGCGUCCCGGAAACUGUCUCGCCAACUGGAACCCUGACGACUUGCCUGCGUCGCAGAAGAGGGAGGGUCCCGACUGGUAUGCGGUUUUCAACCCGGAGGUGCAGAGAGUUCUGGACGUCGAGCUGGUGCACCAUCUUGUCCAUGACAGCGUCGUCUGCUGCGUGAGAUUCAGCCGCGAUGGCAAGUACGUUGCGACCGGAUGCAACCGUUCGGCUCAGAUCUUCGAUGUUACCACCGGCCAGAAUGUUGCGACUCUGCAGGAUGAAAGCGUAGAUAAGGACGGUGACCUUUACAUCCGUAGCGUUUGCUUCAGUCCGGAUGGAAAGUACCUGGCCACUGGUGCCGAGGAUAAGCAGAUUCGGGUUUGGGAUAUUGCCACUCGUUCUAUUAAGCACAUCUUUUCCGGACAUGAGCAAGACAUCUACUCCCUUGACUUUGCUGGUAACGGCCGCUACAUCGCUUCCGGAAGUGGUGACAAGACUGUGCGCCUUUGGGAUGUUUUGGACGGCAAGCUUGUGUACACCUUGAGCAUUGAGGAUGGUGUUACCACUGUGGCCAUGUCUCCCGACGGUCACUACGUUGCGGCCGGCUCUCUCGACAAGAGCGUUCGUGUCUGGGACACGACGACAGGAUACCUGGUGGAGCGUCUCGAGAGCCCCGACGGACACAAGGACAGUGUCUACUCGGUCGCGUUCGCACCCAACGGCCGUGACCUUGUCUCGGGUAGUUUGGACAAGACCAUCAAGAUGUGGGAACUCACCGCGCCCCGGGGUCUUCUGCCGGGAAGCGGCGUCAAGGGCGGCAAAUGCGUCCGCACUUUCGAGGGACACAAGGACUUUGUUCUGAGUGUCUGCCUGACCCCCGACGGACACUGGGUCAUGAGUGGAUCGAAGGACCGCGGAGUCCAGUUCUGGGAUCCCAUAACCGGAGCAGCCCAGAUGAUGCUUCAGGGUCACAAGAACUCUGUGAUCUCCGUGGCACCUAGCCCCACGAACAACCUCUUUGCGACCGGAAGUGGUGACAUGCGUGCAAGGAUUUGGAGGUUAGUAUACCUUGCACCUCCGUCGUAA